GCAGAGCAUUGCCGUGAGAGCCCAGCUCCUCCAGCGGUACUGUACCGUGCAUGUGCAUGGCCUGCUGCAGCUACAGCUACAACUGGCGGAGGCGAGAAUGACACCGGCGCUCCCCUGCACCCAGACAAGCUGAUCGCGAGGACGCAUCCGUGUCUUCUUCCCCUACAAUUAAAAAGGAAAAACGCACCGCGACGAUGGCGCGUGCCACUGCACCCGUACGGACACGUUUGAUCGCGGCGCUUUUCUCAUUCGCCGCACUGUGGGGAUGUGCUCUUUCCAUCACCCGGUACUCGAUUCCGGAGGAGAUGGAAGAGGGCUCCUUUGUUGCCAACCUGGCCACGGAUUUGGCUCUGGAGGUUCGCAGUUUGGUGCAGCGCAGCGCCAAGCUCGAUGUCAUCAACAGCAAAAAUUACCUUGACAUCAACAAAGAAACAGGGGAGCUGGUGAUCCGCGAGAAGAUCGACCGCGAGAGCAUAUGCAUGACCAAGGCGACCUCGUGCUUUCUGAAGAUGGAUGUCAUACUGGAAAACCCCAUUCGCAUUUUUAACAUCGAGUUGGAAAUCAUGGACAUCAACGACAACGCGCCCGUGUUCCGCAGACGGACGAUGCACUUGGACAUAUCGGAGGCAACCCCUCCCGGAGAGCGCUUCUCCUUGACAAACGCCGUGGAUGCGGACGUGGGGGCGAACUCGAUCAAGACCUACUAUCUCAGCGAAAGCGAUUACUUCAACAUCGACAUACAGACCGGCAGCGACGGCUCCAAAUAUGUCGACCUGGUGCUGAACGGUCAUUUGGACCGCGAGGAGCACACGGUUCAUAAUUUGAUUUUAACCGCUGUGGAUGGAGGGGUGCCCCCCCGCUCCGGCACAGCCAGCAUCGUUAUCAACGUCCUGGAUAUCAACGACAACGCCCCCCUGUUCAGUCAGCCGCUAUUCGCAGUCAACGUGUCGGAGAACUCGGCUGCAGGGACGGUGGUGAUGACCUUAAACGCAACCGACUUGGAUGAAGGCACCAACUCUCAGCUCGUCUAUUCCUACACGCUGUACACCUCGGAGAAGACGCAGGAGCUCUUCUCGCUCGACCCCAACACAGGUGAGAUCAAGGUGAUGGGGGUGAUCGACUAUGAGGAGGCCCAGAGCUUCGAGAUGCACAUACAGGCUCAGGACAGAGGGGAGAACCCCAAGGCAGGACAAUGUAAAGUCAUGGUGUUCAUCACCGACCUGAAUGAUAACUACCCCGAGGUGACCAUACAGUCUGUGAAAAGUUCUCUGACGGAGGACGUCUCCGUGGGGACACUGAUAGCGGUGGUGAGCGUCAGCGACAGGGACUCUGGAGCCAACGGGGAAGUGGAGCUCACCUUGAACCGACAAGAAUCGCUACCGUUCCUCUUGAACAAAUCCUCGGAGGGUUACUUUGAGCUCCUGGUUUCAAAGCCCCUGGACCGAGAGGUAAUCGGUAAAUACGACAUCACGCUGAGGGUGACAGACAAAGGCUCGCCGCCCUUAGCCGAGAACGAAACCAUCACUUUGGAGAUUCUGGAUGUCAACGACAACGCGCCCGCAUUCUCCCAGUCCUUCUACACCAUCCAUGUUGUGGAGAACAAUCUACCAGGGGCGUUAUUGACAUCACUGAGUGCAUUUGACCCCGAUCUCAAUGAGAACCAGUACUUAGUCUAUUUCAUAAUGGAGAAGGAGAUUGUUAACACGUCGAUGUCAAUGCUGUUCUCCAUCAACCCUGAGAAUGGUGAUCUGUAUGCCCUGAAGACCUUUGACUAUGAGAGGGAGAGGGAUUUCCUCUUCCACAUCGAGGCUCGAGACUCUGGUGUUCCCCCGCUGAGCAGCAAUGUGACAGUGCACAUCAUCAUCCUGGACCAGAACGACAACACCCCUCUCAUCGUGUCACCGUGGCGGGCGCAGGGCUCCGUGGUCGAGGAGGUGAUACCGAGGUCGACGGACAAGGGGCACUUGAUCACCAAAGUGAUCGCCCUCGACGCAGACUCUGAGCAGAACGCCAGGGUCACAUAUCAGCUCCUGCAGGUCAGCGACGCGUCCCUAUUCAGCCUGGAUCAGUACAACGGGGAGAUCCGGACAACAAGGAUGUUCAGUUACAGAGACCCAAGACAGCAGCGGCUGGUGGUCGUCGCCAAAGACAACGGCCAGCCCGCUCUCUCCGCCACCGUCACCAUCAAGAUAUCGACGGUGGAACACGUCUUGUCCUUUUCGGAGACCACAGAGCUGCCGCUAGAGUAUGACGUCUUCACAGACCUAAACCUGUACUUAGUAAUCGGUUUAGGAGCCGUGUCUUUUCUGCUACUGAUAACCAUCUUGGUUAUUAUUGUGCUGAAGUGUCAAAAACCAAAGCCAAAGGCCUUCAAGAUCCCUCCCCCCAACAGAAACAGUGUGAUCAGCAGGAACAGCAUGAUCAGCCAGAGAAGCUCCACCAUCGCAGACUCCACCCUGAUCUCCAGCGAUGCCUACUGGUACAGCUUGUUCCUCGCUGAGACCAGGAAAGGCAAAGUGGUCAUGAGACAGCCGAUUAUUCCCAAAGGAGCUGGGUAUUUUGUGUCCAGUAUACCCAGGAGCAUAGGGCCAAGCGAGACCACGGACUCCAGAGCAUCCACACUGGAGUACUCAAAAUGACAGGAAGUCCAUUCUACAACUGGAGCAGGCGCCCCGAAGAGAACUGCCAUGAUAUAAUCAUCUCUUCAUGAGAGUCUCUGCCUGGAAUUCCUCCCUGUGACUCACAAAGAAGAUGUCAAACAUCUGCCCUCCCCCAGUCCCCUCCGCUCCAACUUGUUCUUUCUCUCUAGCGAAUAGAAAACAUCGACCACGAACCACCUCAGCUUCCUACCUUCUUUUCUCUCUUAAGCAUGGAUCUGCAUGAUUCCACAACAUUCAAAAAUAUUUGGACAUAGGAUAAAAAAUAAUUGAUGGCAGGAUAUUUGGACAUUGCCUUUGAGACGUUGCCUCAUGUAGUAAAUCAUUCCCUCCUUAACGCUUUGAAACUCCACAGUGGACAUGUUUGCCUUCUCUCCAGGGUUUACUCUGUGUGCUGUAGUUCUAGAAACCAUCGGUCGCUCCACAUAUACGUAAGUCGCAAUCAUGCAACCUUUUCUAAGCUCAAAACACGCCUAUUCACAAAUACACGUAUGAAUCGGGGGCGAAUAUGAUUCUUCCAUAAAGCUGAUCAAUGCUGAACAGUAGCUGGUUACGUCACCGAUUCAGGCUUUUCACUCGGUGUUGAUCUUUUUCUGAAUAAUCAUUUCUACCCGUAUUAUGAGUCUUGCUGUUCAGCAAGGGUCACACUGUCAACUCUUAACUUGACGAUCAAAUAAUCUGACUUUUUUCUUUCUUUUUUUUUAAACAAUGUUUGUUCUACUGAACAAUGAUGAAUGUGUGAAAAUGACAAAAAAAGAAUGAAAGAAAAGAAGAAGAAGAAAAAAAAGGGCAAAAAACAAACAUAGGAGACAUAUUGUUGCUCAUUUUAUUUGAUUGUAGAUAGUGUAGUUCUAUUGAAAUUAUAAUGAGGUCCGAGAAGCAAAAGGGCUUCUGACAGCCUCACUAACAUCAGGUGUACAGUUCAUUCCUUAUAGACAUCUGUGCUGUUAUGUCUGAUUAGACACACCGUCAUCAUUCUGUAUUGGGGAGUCACGAAUUACAGUGUGUGAGGUUGAAUGUGCGAGGUGUGUCCUCAUCAGAUUUUCAUUCAUAGGCUCUAUGACAUCUCACACUGGGGGUGGGCGGCAUGUCAAACAUUCAAACAGUAUUUUUAAAAACAGGGUCAAAUGUCAAAUCCACUUUUUCUGUAACAAGAUUUGUCUUUUAACACUUUUAAGGUAUUAUAGCCACAAUCUAAUUCCCACCGAUGAACCUGGCAAUCCAAAUAUAAACUGCAAGUCAUAUUCAAUAAAAAAAAGAAAAAAAGAAGAAGUUUAUAAUGAUAAAUACUGUUUAUUG